AACCGAAAGGCUGUGCUGAAGGCAGCACUUCCCGGAGGAAGCAGUGGCCCAUUGGCAGCCCCUGCUGCAGGAAGUGAGGCGAUGCCAGGCACAGUCACAGGAGAUGAGAGUGCUGGGAUGGCUUCUCCAGCAGCUGGGAUGGAAGAUGGUUUGGAACCCUUGGGAGCUUCUGCAGUUACAGGUGUGUCUGCAGGGAAGACUUUUCAGGCUCCUUUCCUGGUUGCUGCACACAAGCCCGGCUCCCAUCGCAGGGGUCUGCCGAGAGGGAGGAACAAAGCUAUUAAACACAUGAAGACCCUGGAGGAAUCCAAAGAACUGGACCAAAUGCUGAGUGACCUAGAGAGACAGCAUGAGAUGGACCAAAGGGCUUUGCUGAAGGCAGCUCUUCCUGAAGGAAGCAGUGGCUCCGUGCCAGCCCCCGAUACACGAAGGGAGGAGACGCCAGACAGUGCCACAGAAGACGUUAUCACUGAAACAGGAAUAUUUGCCCCGGAUCCAGUGCGCCUCCCAAGAAUUGUCUGCCCCCAGGAUGUGCGCAGGUCCUGCAUGAUAGGCACGGUGGUGACACUGUUCACCGUGCCCCUCGUGCUGACAGGCUGCUAUCUUGGCAUUCGGAAGCUGUACCAGAGCAGACGACUCAUGAAACCUAUGUUGGUUUGAUGUGACCUACAGAAGAGUUUUGCUUUGCUUUUAAUUGCAACAAGCAGCAGAGCUGGAACCUGUUGAGAAGAGUCUCUUCACUUCAUAGCUAAAGCAAACUGCCAGCGUUCUUUUUUUUCCAGCUCUGGGCAGGAAAAUAAAAAUCUAUCAGCAGAAAAUACUCGAGUGAAGUAACUGAUAUAAAUUAGGGAUUUGGUCUGUUUGCUCCCUAAGCCCUGAGUUCCUCAGAGCUGCAGCUCCCUGCUCUCUCUGCAGACAGAGGCUGGCUGUGGAUGACAGUCACGUGUCUGGCCUGGUGCACACCAGGUGCACUCACGAGCUGAGGGAUCAUCCCUGCACGCCCCAUCCUGGAAGAACCGAGGUCAUUGAUGAAUCUGACACGGUUUUAUGGCAUGGCAGCAAAAGAAGGCAAAAGAAAGGCUACAACUGGUACCAUUCCAACCCCUUGACAUUUUGCUGUGUGUAAUGGAGAUAGGAACUACAAGUUUCCUAUUCAUGCACAAUUUGCUGUCUGAGAGCACUCCAUUCUCAAAGUCACAGGGGCUUGCAGGUCUGUGUCUGAGAUGACUUUAAAUACAAAAACAACCUUUAUGUGCAACACCUGUGUAUCAAAACUUCACAAUACAAAUCACAAGCUGAUUUCUGCUGUUAAGUGGAUGAAAAAAAAAAAAAACCCAAAAAGCAAAAGUAAAACUGUGACCAAAUAAAACAGGCAAACACAACAACCACCAAGAAAACAACAAAACCAACACAAACAUCCCCACAAAUCCAGAAAAAGAUAAAAAUCAGGUGAAGGAGGCAGAGAUCCAAGAGCAACAAAUGGGCAGAGGAACUACAAGAAGGACAGCUC